GAGUAAUGCUUUAAUUCGUCUUCUUCUUCUUCCUCCCUUCAAUUACUCUAUCCUCCAUUAAUGCAGCAGAAACCCUGAAGCUCGCAGAAUGAAAUUUGAGCUGAAAUUCUGGAUCUAAGAGCUUGGGAUUUCCAAGAAACUACGCAGUGGCAGUCGUUUACGAGAGAAAUCAAAUGAAAUAAAAGUGAAAUCUGGUCCCUGAGAAAUGAGGGUUUUGCGAGAUUCGUGGUGUUUCUGCAACGGCGGAGGGAAGACGGAGCGAAUGAAGGCCUCCAUCUUCUCGAGCAAAGGUCCGGCAAUGGCUCAAAUAGCCUCCUGUAACGGCGGCGGCGGUGGCGGAACUGGGUUUUUGAUCCACCGGAAUCUGCUCCUCACCACCCACCUCAACCUCCCUUCCGCCCCUGCUGCCGAGGCUGCCGAGAUCCGCAUCCAAAACGGCGCCGCCGCUUGCCUCUUCCCUCACAGGUUCUUUAUAACCAGCACAGUACUGGAUCUGAGUAUAGUGGGCAUCGAUGCCGUGGAUGGAGAUGCAACCGGGCAGCCUCAUUUCCUGAAAACAUGUUCGAAACCGAAUCUCGAACUAGGAAGCUUAGUUUACUUACUAGGAUACAACAGUGAGAAGAAUGAGCUAACGGUGGGUGAAGGGAAGGUUGUAAUAGCCACUGACAAUCUCAUAAAGCUCUGUACAGAUGGGUUAGCAUGGAGCCCGGGCUCAGCCGGUUUUGAUGUUCAUGGAAAUCUUGCAUUCAUGGUCUGUGAUCCUAUGAAGCUGGCUACCACAUCUCCAAACUCAAGGUCAUCAUCUACGACAUCAUCAUCUUCAUGGAAGAAGAACGAUAGCACGUGUAGUAUGCAAUUCGGCAUACCAAUCCCAAUUAUAUGUGACUGGUUAAACCAGCACUGGGAGGGAAACCUUGACGAACUCAACAAACCCAAGCUGCCGUUGAUGAGAUUGGUGGUGUCUGGUGGUGGUGGUGGUGGGGGGCACCAAAGGAGUGACCAUUCUUGUGGUUCCUUCACGAUGAGGCAAGUCUUCAAAGGUGAGAUUGUUGAGGGAACCCCAACAUCCUCAAACUCGCCGCCAUGGUUGAGACCCAAAGAGCCUCUCGUUGGUCCAAGUGGCUUGACGACAACAACAGAUCAACACGGAAUCCCAACUCCUGAGAUUUUUGAGUCGCCAAAGGUAACUUCUUCAAUAGCCGCGAGGAAGAAGGAGAGCAUUCCAAAACAACAGCUUUUGGAUAUCAACUUCCCACCAAAGUAUUCUCCGGGUUCCAAACGAACACCAAGAGUUUCCAAAGCAACAGCUGUUGCUUCCCCAAAAUUUGCAAGGAAAAUGCCUUCAAACUACCACGAAAAGGUUUGUGGUGAAAAGUCAAGUGAUGGCUCAAAUGCUGAGAUCGCAUCAAUAGGGUCGAUAAAUGGGCCACACAGUGAUGUCCAAAGUUCAUCCCCCGUCGUUGAGGCAUCAGAGAUGCUGCAACAACAAUCCGACAAUUAUUACAGUAGCGAGGGGGAGACGACCACAAUGUACUCUGCAGAAACUGCAGAAAGCCGUAAUAUUCCAAGAAGUAAUCAACCUCCUCCUCCUCCUCAUCCUGGAGGGGGGAAGGCAGUGGGGAGGAGCCAGAGUUGCAUGAAUUACUCCAACAGAUGGGGGGCUGCUGUCCAAACCAGUUCAUCAGCUGCACAUAGGAGGAGGACGACUCCCGAGAAGGGCAGAAUGGUCUAUUCACACGGAGCAACAGCUUCACAGAGAAGCAACGACUUCUUUAGCCCCACGGUUUCUUCCAUAAUGAAGAAACGAAUCAACGCCGAGGUGGGGCCCAGGCCCAACAGGGUGCCACGCCACACUCCAAUAAACACGUCCUCUCCCAGAUGGAUGUUCUAAUGAAGCUCUAACAGCUGACACAGCCCCCCCGGACAGGCAAUUCUUUUGUCCUCUGCUCAUAGUUUUGGCUUCUUCGUUUUUCUUUCGCGCACUGUAAUUAAUUUUUCUUGGGAUGGGGAGAGUAUAUCAAAGAAAUGCUGCUCCAUAUUGGAAGAAGUAAUAAUCAUCUGUUACAGCCGAGGCUUGUGGAGCUUCGCCAUGACGGGUUAUGAGAGGGAGUUUUGGCAUGUCCCUUCAAGAAUUGUAGUAACAAUUGACUCCAUAUAUUGUAGAGGUCAUAUGGACACUCAGAGACUGAAUAGGGUUAUAAAAUGCCAUGCUUGUUUUCCUUUCUUUUCUAGCUAUGUUAUUGUUCUUUUGUCAUCAAGGAUCAAUGUCAUAACAUGACACCGGUCCAUUUUAGAGCCUAUUCUGUUCGACUCAUAAGUGUUUCCUACCCCCGCCAAUCGGUGAGGGGGUACAGGGAUGCAAGGGCAAGUUAGGGGAGAUAAGAAAUACUUCCAAGGUUA